AUGAAUUCCUCAUCUUUCAGCAACAUGUCAAGCAGCUUGACUUAUAGAGACUCUCUCAGCACUGCAGUGACCAAAAAUGUUCUCAUAGUGGCUCUUGGCAUCACCAUCAACUACAUUAAUGGAACACUGAUUCACACCUUCAGAAAACAUGAAACAUUUUACAUGAAUCCUCGUUACAUCCUGUUCAUCCAUCUGGUGGUGAACGAUAUGAUCCAGCUGACUAUAUCCAUCAGCUUGUUUGUUUUCAGUUACAUCUUCUACAGAAUUAGUACUUCUUUCUGUUGCUUCAUUGUUAUCUUUGCUGUUUUGACCACUGUGAACUCUCCUUUAAAUUUAGCUCUGAUGGCGGUGGAAUGCUAUAUAGCUGUUUGUUUCCCACUGCGACAUGCUGAACUGUGCACCAUCAAAAGGACAUAUUUUCUCAUUGGCUGUAUUUGGGGUUUAAGCGCAGCAACGGUUUUGCCAGACAUCUUUCUUAUCCUCGCCACAGAGCCUCUGUGGUUGUUUAACUCUACAGUAUUUUGUGACAGAGACAUCGUUUUCCAACACCCAAUAAGCAUAAAAAAAAGAGAUGUUUCUUAUAUAAUUUUUUUAUCUGGAGUUUGGCUUACACUUUUAUUUACAUACCUCAGGAUCUUUUGUGCUGCUCAUGCUGCCAACUCAGCUGAGGGAAUGGUAAAGGCCAGGAAUACUAUCCUGAUUCAUGGUUUUCAGCUACUUUUGUGUAUGCUAACAUAUGUAACUCCUUUAGCAAAAAUGUUGCUGGUGUUUCUGCCUACUGCACAAUAUGUACAAGUAAAUUUUUUUUGGUACAUAUUGAUCCAUAUUCUGCCCAGAUGUGUGAGUCCUAUUGUGUACGGGGUACGAGACAGCACAUUUAGACAAUACUUGAAAAAGUAUCUUUUGUGCAGCAUCGGGGAAGCCAACAAACUACAUCCGUAA